CUUCAGUCCAAAUCUCUCUUUUCACUUUGCCACAAUCUGAGCAAAUGAGCCUGAGCGACCUGACCUCCAUCCCCGACAGCGCCCAGCGUCAGCGCCUGGCGAGCCCGUCGACCAUCAGCAGCGGGUCUGGGACUGGGUCGCUGACGCUGGCCUUCCAGGAGCCCGGCGGCGACGACACCAUCUUCCGCAUCUACCUGAUGGACGAGUCCGUUCGCCAGCUCAAGUUUGGCAGCGGCCGCACAACCCGAGCAAGCGACAUUCUCUCCAACAUUCUCAGAAUCCUCAAGGUCGACGACAAGUCGGCGCCGCUGUUUGCCCUCUGGAUGGUUGGCGACGACCUGCAGCUGCAACUCAAGGCCAACCACGAACCAGUCGUCCUGCGCGAACAGUGGACCAAAAUGCUGGAGCGAUUCUGCGCUGCAGCACCCACCGAAUCCCCAAAGCUUGUGCUCAAGCGUGAUGCAUUUGUGCUCAAGGCCAUGGAGCGCAAAGUUCGCGACGAAAUGACGCUCGAGUUGCUGUUUGACGAGGCUCGAUACAAUGUCAUCUACUCCAAGUACCCUGCAUCGGUUGACGAUUGCUGCUAUCUUGCUGGAAUUCUCCUUCAGCUGUUCGUGCUCGAGUCGCCUGCUUCGACUGGCGAAGAGAUUAUUCGCACCAAGCUCGCUCGCUUGGUGCCAGAGGAACAGAUUAACAGCCUGAAGGAAGACGAAUGGCGCACUCGCAUCCUCAAGGCACACCAGCCGCAUGGCAAAAACCCCAAGAACAUCCUGUACUUGUUAUAUCUGCAGUACGUGUGGCAGUGGCCCUUCUAUGGCGCCACCUUCUUCGGCGGCGAGUACCGCCCCCUUACCCAAGGUGUGGUUGUCGGGGAUGCCAACCUCACGCAAGUUCGUGUUGGUGUCAACGCGGAAUCACUGGUCAUCAUCAACGACAACACCAAUGAAAUCGAGCACAAGUUUGAAUUUCACGAAAUCUCGUGGGAUUCCGUGGCCAAGGAUGGCAGGAAUUACUUUUUGAUCGAGUUUGGGCCCGACAAAGAUCCGGAAACGAUUGUCAUUGUGUCUCCCAUGGCCCAACUGAUGGACUCGAUGGUCACUCGCGCUGUCGAAGAAGCAAAUCGCCGUCAGGAGCUACUCCUCACGACACGCCUCAACCAAGGAGGACCGCAGGAUAUGCCCGUUGCGUCGAUCGAGACAGGACUCAGUCAAGCCGACCGUUUCCGCAAGCCAAAGUUCCGCUCGCUGAAGAAGAUCUUCCUUUGAGCGAAUGCGUCCCUGUCCCUGUUUGAUGAAGUGGUUGGUGGUGGUAACCGAGACUGGCAUGCUUCUCUGUCGCCCCACCCUUGAACAGAAUUGUGUAUGUGAGUGUUUUUUUUUUGUUGAGUUUGAGAAUACAGUGCCUUUGAGGAUGAGCUGUCACGUUAUCCUUUGCCGUUGAA